GCAGGGGAUGGGAGGUGGAGUCAGGAAGGGAAGAAGAAGGAGAAAUGAGUUGUUUGUGAAUAAAGCUUAGUUAAACAAAAAUGAUUGAGGAAAGCAGCUAUAAAACAUACCACUAGUCUGCUACAUGACUAGCUAACUUUUGUCACCUAGCCGCUUUUUAAAAUACCUAUAUUCACUUUGCAUAGUUUCAUUCCCUCCCACCGCCCACUUCUUCCUGGCAUCUUUAACAAACUCUUUCCAGUUGCAAUCAGAUUAUUCUGAGAUAGUCUAUUUUGUCAUUACCCUUACUUCUGUCAUUUUUCUUACAGAGCUAUUUUAAUUCCACACUGAUAGAAAUAUCAAAAGUAAUUGUGAUUAAGUUAACUUAUAUUGGCUACGUUGAUUGAGGUUUGGAGACCUGUGCUUUAUUUGCAUCCAUUUUAAAAAAGUGCUUAAACUCCACUUCAGGAGGCAGCCAAAGUUAGCAAAGCUGAUCCUGUUUGGUAUAUGCCUGUGUGUUCCUUUACUUUAUUUGAAUCCUGUUGGUCAAACAUAAGCCAGUUUGUGUAUUCUGUCCCUCACCUAGGCAACUUAAAACCUGCUUUCCUGGAAUUCCCCAAUUUAAAUGCUAAUCAGCCUUGUUGCAAGCCAGAGGUGCUUGAGUGCAUGAGUACCACCUCCCAUGCUCGGCUGUAAUCAGCUUUUCACAACCCUUGCCUUUUGCCAUCUCUCUUUGACUUGUAAAAUAUUGAUUGGUUCACAUUACCAGUGGUGAGUAGACCCUCCUUUGCCCAAUCCGGAUGGGUUUAGUUCUUUUAAAGAGAGGUUACCUAACCAAACUUCUGCAAAAUCACACUGUGUAUGCCUGCGAUGGUGAUCGUUUGAGUCUGCAGUGUCCGCGACAUUCAACAAUAAGUGUCCAAUCUGCAUAUUACGGGCAAGCUUACCCAUUGUGUAGUACACAGCAGCCUGAAGUCACGAUGAAAGAGCCCUUAAACUGUGUGGCAUCUACUACCUUGCAGAAAGUACUAGAUGAAUGCCAGAACCUGAGAGCCUGCCACCUCCUUGUCAAUAGUCGGGUUUUUGGACCGGAUCUAUGUCCAGGAAUCACUAAAUACCUCCUAGUCUCCUUUAAGUGCAAACCUACUGAAUAUAAAACAAGAUCAGUGUGUGAAAAUGAAGAACUGAAACUCCACUGUAAAGAGUCGAAAUUCCUCAACAUCUAUUCUGCUACCUAUGGCAGGUCUUCUCAAGAGAAGAACGUCUGUUCUACAGAGAUUGACCGCCAUCCCCAGUUUGAUUGCUUUUCUUACAGAGCUUUAGAAGUAUUGUCAAAGAAGUGUUACGGGAAACAGAGGUGUAAAAUUACUGCUAACAAUCAUAAUUUUGGAAGACCAUGUUUGCCUGGUGUGAAAAAAUAUCUCAAUGUCAGCUAUGCAUGUGUUCCCAAAUUUAUAUUUGAAGCCGUUGACCCAAUGGUUACUAAUCUAAAUCCUUCUUGGAAGCCAAAAGAAGAUACCAAUUUUGAUCUGAAAGAAUCAAGAUUUCCACAGCAAAAUGGAAUCAUAGUUAGCAACAGUUUGGCUGCAUUUGCUUAUAUUAAAGAUCACCCUGAAAGAGCUGCUCUCUUGUUUGUGUCUAGUGUUUGUGUUGGCAUAGUGCUGACACUCUGUGCUCUGGUGAUACAUGUGUCAUGCUCAAAUGACUUUGGAAAACUGCAGAGGAUGAGAGAGCACUUAAUGCCAGAGGGCAGCAAGGCUGAUGAAGACAGUGGACCUGAGGAAGACGAAGAGGAGGAGCAGAGAGAGGAAUCUUCGGAUUCAGACUUUCCUGAUGACCUAACAGGGUUCUACAGAACGUCUUAUUCGGCGUAUUGUUCAAUGGACCAAGCUGAACUUGCUGAAAGGAUAGAGAGACGAGAACAGAUCAUCCAGGAAAUCUGGCUGAACAGUGGUUUGGAUGCAUCUCCUACUAGGAGCUUCAGCCCAUUUUCUAUCAAUGAACAGCAAUGCAUUUGUUUUGGCUAACAUAAGCUAUUUUUAUACACAAUGUACCUUCUAUGAAGGAGCAUUUGCAACUCAAUAUAAUAAUUAUUUGCAAAGUAAAGCUAUAUUCAUAAUUAUAAUAAACAAAAUUUGAAAUGUG